GAAACGGCAUCGUUUUAGCGAAGGGAGUGAAGUGAUAGAGGAAACUGUAGAAGCGCACAGAGAGAGCUAAGUGGAGGAAGAAAAUGAAGGCAUUGGGAUGGUGGCUGAUAGCGGUAGGCACGCUUCGAUUAGCUUCCGUGUGGUUCGGUUUCUUCGACAUUUGGGCUCUUCGUCUCGCCGUCUUCUCCAACACUACAAUGACUGAAGUUCAUGGGCGCACAUUUGGAACUUGGACACUGUUGACCUGCACCCUUUGUUAUAUCUGCGCAUUCAACCUUGAAAAUAAGCCUCUCUACCUGGCUACUUUUUUGUCAUUCAUCUAUGCAUUCGGUCAUUUCUUGACCGAAUAUCUAAUUUAUCAUACAAUGGAGAUUAAGAAUCUGACUACUGUUGGCAUAUUUGCAGGAACAUCGAUAGUAUGGAUGCUAUUGCAAUGGAAUGCACACUCGAAAGUCCACUUGAAGCACUCUUAGCCAGCAAAAAUAGAUGGGGCAAAAGUGCAGUACUAUGAUGGGUGAUAUUGGACUGUUUUAGAUACAAGAGUCGCAGCUCUAGAUAUCUCAUCCUUUUAUUUGAUUUUAUUAGAAGACAUUUCAUGUUGAUACCAAUAUAUACGGCUACCCAUUGCAGUUUACAAAAUUAUGGAUCGAUGCAGUGCUUCACCAUGUUAGCCUCGUUUUGAAAAUGCAAAUCAUUAUUGGCUUUGCUCCGUUUUGCACUAACUGAUUUUGAAGAGAUGAGAUCCCUGGUGUUUAGAAUUUUGUAUAUGAAUUCUUGUGCAUAUUAAUUUUCUGUUUAGUGAGCUUCUUAUAUUGCAGAAGAGAUUGCGUUCGUAGUUAGGAGCAUGAUAAUUGCCAGAGGAUUUAUUUCA